AUGGCUUUCCACUUCGACGCGCGCCUCGAUUCUUCCUCAGACGACGACAAUGCUGCUCCGAACUUGGCGGUAUGGAAGGCUGGAGGAGCCCGUGAGACAAAUCAGGGCGGAAGAGCGCCCGUAGCUCCGAUGGGUACUACCGCAUUGCGACGCUCUCCUGGGCGCGCAGAUGGUCGCAAACGCAAGAGAGAGACCCGAUCACCUCCGUCUGUGGUGUCUGGUGAUGAGCUAGGCCAAGAAUCCGACGAUCAACAGCUGGAAACACAAUCAAUGGCCUCGUCGGAGGCGAUCGAAGACUCGGACAGACGCAGAGAUGGACAGAACAAAAGCUCUACAGAUUCCCGCAAGCUGGUGGUGGAGAUCUCACGUUCCGAGGCCGCCGACAAGGACGACUUCGAGGACUUUCGCGAAGGCGCUCAAAGUGUUAGGCGUGUGCUUCGGGAGCUCGACGAAGAAGAUCAGGUCAUGUAUCAGGUAUUGUUCGACGACUUCCACGUGGAAUUGAUCGGCUUCAACGAGCUGCUUCAAAAGGACAACGCCGAAGAGGCUCUCGAAGCUUUCAGCGCCGACCCUCCGUCGCUGGACGAGUCAGAACUUCCUCGACCUCGACCUCGAUCUCGGCCACAACCACGCAACAAGCGCUCCAAACCCUCCAAGAUGGUGUCGACACGGUUACGGCGCCCUGCUCAGCAAAACGGCUUCGUGAAGACCACGGACUAUGUGGACGGCUCAGACGUCGACAUGUCUGAUUCAAUCGAUGUUGAGCCACCGAAGACCCGCGGUCGCAAGCGCAAGCAAGAAACCACUCAGUACGUGGACGAGUCGGAGCCUGGGGACGAAGAAUCGGAGGGAUCGGAGGAUGAGCUCGCUAAGCCGACCCGCUCAAGCAAGCGCAAUGUCAGAACAUCAGGCAGGAACAUGCGCCAGCGCCGAGUCUCUACCGGGCUUACUGAAGACGAGGAUGAAGACGAAGAGGUCGACAGCGAUGGCAUCCCGUUCCUCCAGUCUGAUCUUCCAGGCCAGCGUCGCCCCCGUCGCAGUUCAAAGCCGGAUUACAGCGAAGAUCGUCGCACAAAGAAGUUCAAGACGAAGAGGCAAAGUGAAGGUAUGCGCCACUCCGGCCGCAGCACUCGUCACACUGGUGGAAUGCAAGAAGUCGAGGUCGAUGACAUCUAUCGCUCGGAGUCAGACAACACUCCAGCGCCCGCAAAACCAAAGACGAUUGGUGUGCGCGAGGUCUUCAAGCCGCGGCCUCGUGGAGACGAGUUCCAUUUACGCCACAACCAGUACUGCGACACCUGCAGCAACGGCUCAAACGUCGGCCCUCUCAUUGAUUGCCAGGGCUGUUCGCUGGUCUACCACAAGUCCUGUCUCGGUCACCGCACAGGGCGCGACCACCUCGUCACCAAGAUCGGCGAAGAUGACUUUGUCCUCCAAUGUCGUCGCUGUGUAGCUGUGGCUCGAAAGCGCGACCCUAUGGCACCCGACCAAGGCAAGUGCCAAGAGUGCCAUAGGCAUGGUGCCGCCUGUCGACCAUUUCGCCCACGCAAGACGCCGGCUCAAGAACAAAAAGACAGAGACGACAAUGACGGCGUGGAUCCGAUCUAUACUGUUGCGGAAGAGCGCAUCAACAACGUUGACAACGUGCUUUUCCGGUGCACCAAUUGCUUCCGCGGCUUUCACUUCGAGCAUCUUCCAUCGCGCGCGGACUUCCCAUCAAUGGACAUCGAUCAAGAGAUUGACGUUGAACAGCGUGUGCGUGAGUAUAGUCGCGAUUGGCAGUGCAAGGAGUGCGUCGACAUGCCAGCCAAGGUCUCCGGCAUUAUUGCGUGGAAGCCGGUGGAUGAGGACGCUUACGAUCCUGCUCAUGGCUUUGAAGGCGUGGAAGAGGAGAACAAGGUCUAUCUUGUUCGCUGGGAAGGCAUGUCGUACUUCCGUGCCCGCUGGAUGCCAGGUCCUUGGGUUUGGGGCGUCUCUGCGCAUAGCAUGCGCAAAGCUUUUGCCAAACGCGAGGAUGCUCAGCAUCCCAAGAUGAGGACUGAAGACGCCAUUCCUGAAGACUACCUACGGACUGACAUCGUUCUCAACAUCAAAUUCACCAGCAUCGUCGAUAUCCGCACCGAGGAGAUUGACAAGGCUCGCAUUCGCGAGGUCGACAAGGCUCUCAUCAAGUACAAGGGUCUGACGUAUGAAGAUGCAGUCUGGGAAGCUCCGCCAUCUCCUGAUGACGGUGAGCGCUGGACCGAUUUCGUCAUUGCGUACAAUGACUGGGUUGCCGGCCGCUAUGUUCGCCAACCAAAGGCUGCGGCACUGAAGUCUCGCCUAGAGAAGGUUCGAAAGGACAAUUUCCAGAACCUCGAAAAGCAGUCGCAGCCAGAGAACGUGCAAGGCGGAACUCUCAUGGAGUACCAGAUGCAGGGUCUGAACUGGCUUUACUACAAGUGGUUCACUCAGAGCAAUGCUGUCCUCGCCGACGAGAUGGGCCUGGGCAAGACGAUUCAGAUCAUCGGAUUCCUCGCCACCUUGAUCCAGGACCACAGCUGCUUUCCCUUUCUCGUUGUCGUUCCAAACUCGACUUGUCCCAACUGGCGCAGAGAAAUCAAGCGCUGGGCUCCUUCUCUACGUGUAGUCGCCUACUACGGCUCCCGUGAGAGCAGGGAUUCCGCCUACCGCUAUGAGCUCUACCCGGAGAACAGCAAAGACCUUCGCUGUCACAUCGUGGUGACCAGCUACGAUGCUGCUGCGGACGAGAACUGCCGAAAGUUCUUCCGCGGUGUUGCAUGGCAAGGACUCAUUGUCGACGAAGGUCAGAGGUUGAAGAACGACAAGAAUCAGCUCUACUCCGCUCUCAGCGCCUUGAAGACUCCUUUCAAGAUUCUGCUUACAGGCACACCAUUGCAAAACAACCAGCGGGAGCUCUUCAAUCUGCUCCAUUUCCUCGACGAUACCAAGAAUGCUGCUGAGUUGGAGGAGGAGUUCCAGGAUCUCGAUCAAGACAACAUCACCAGACUGCACGACCUUAUCCGGCCCUACUUCCUGCGCCGGACCAAGGCACAGGUCCUUACGUUCCUGCCGCCGAUGGCUCAGAUCAUCGUCCCUGUCAGCAUGAGUCUCGUCCAGAAGAAGCUUUACAAGUCGAUCUACAGCAAGAAUCCGGAGCUCAUGAAAGCUAUCUUCAGCGCGGAGUCGAACUCCAAGUCGACUGAGCGUGGAAGCUUGAGCAACAUCAUCAUGCAACUGCGCAAGUGCCUCUGCCAUCCAUUCGUCUACAGCAGGAGUAUCGAGGACAAGAACGUCGACAUUGCAUCGUCUCACCGCAAUCUUGUAGAUGCGAGUAGCAAGCUCAAAUUCCUUGAGCUGCUCCUUCCGAAGUUACAGCAGCGUGGCCAUCGAGUGCUCAUCUUCAGCCAGUUCCUGGACAUGCUCGAUAUGGUGGAGGAUUUCCUCGACGGCAUGCAGCUUCGAUACCAGCGCCUUGACGGACAAGUCAGCUCAUUGAACAAGCAGAAGCGUAUUGACGAGUUUAACGCUCCUGAUUCGCCGCUUUUCGCCUUCCUGCUUUCCACCCGCGCUGGAGGUGUCGGAAUCAACCUGGCAACAGCGGACACCGUCAUCAUCUUGGAUCCAGAUUUCAACCCACAUCAAGACAUCCAAGCGCUGUCGCGCGCCCACCGCAUUGGUCAGACUAAGAAAGUUCUUUGCUUCCAGCUCGUCACGCGACUCAGUGCCGAGGAGCGUAUUAUGCAAAUCGGCCGUAAGAAGCUUGCUCUUGACCAUGUUCUGAUUCAAGAGAUGGACGCCGAUGAUGCAGAACAGACUGAUCUCGUCUCGGUCCUUCGCCAUGGCGCCAAUGCAGUCUUCGACGACCAGGACGACCAGGAGAUCACUUUCAGCGAUGCCGAUAUCGAGCACCUGCUCGAUCGCAGCCAUAUCGAGAAGACGCCGUCUGGCGCGGACAAGACUGCCGAGAAUCAGUUCUCUUUCGCUCGUGUUUGGGCCAAUGAGCGUGGCAUGUUGGAAGAGUCAGCUCUCGAAGUUGAAGAGACCGCGCCAGAUCCCGGUGUUUGGGACAACAUCCUCAAAGAGCGUGAGCGGAUCGCUGCUGAGGACGCUGCAGCGAAGGCUGAAGAUUAUGGUCGAGGCCGCCGCGCCCGUGCCAACGUCGACUAUGCAGGCGAGGACAAGGCUGGUGGCGCCGUUGAUGCAACGGGCUUCACACCUGUGAAGCGCCGCAAGAAGCGUCGUGAGGGCGAUGAGAGUGAUACUGACUUUCAAGCCGAUGAGAGCGAAGACGACGACGUCGAUGGUGAGAAUGACGAGAUGCUUGCCAAUGGCGACAUGGACAUUCUGAACGGCAACAAGCCCGCUUCAAGUCGCAAGAAAUCCGGUAAGACUCCCCAGAAGCUUCUGCUGUCCACCCCAACGGCAAAGAGCAAAGCCACCCCCAAGUCGUCCAUCAAGAAAGCACGAAACCCUGCCACACCGAAAGCUUCUACUGCCAUGAGAAAGGCGGCCGGUGCGGCGAGUAAAAUCAGUAUCACCCCCAAGCUCUUGAAGCAGAGGGCUGCCAUGUCGAACUUCAGCAACGAUCCGCUACCUGUUGGGGCGACACUGAAAUGGUCGUUUGCCAAGCUCGAUUCAAGCAUACCCGCCGAGACCAAGAGUUUCAACAACUCCAGUCCGGGAAACACCCCUCAACACAAAAUCGUCAUCACCGGUCCCCACUACACCAGCACUCACCACCGAAUCAUCAACGUCAUAAUGCUUACAACGCACGCAGAGCACCCAACAUUUAAGCGUGCCAUCGUGCCGCAGCCGUACGUCCAGAAGAUUGAUCUCUCCACGAAUGGCGCCGCCACAGAGUCCAGCGCUGCUGCCAGCAACAAAGCGACACCUUCGAUCAACUGCGCUGCUUGUCGCAAAUACCAUGCGGUCGGCAGCUGCCCCAUCAAGAUCGCAGGAGUUGAAUACUGCAACCUCUGCGGCAUGGCUCACUAUGGGCAUGCUCGAGUGUGCCCUCACAUCCAAUCGGAGACUCAGGCAAGUUGCGCACCCCGAAUACAUGCGAAAGGCGAUCACUGA